AUGGGGGUCGCCCACACUGUCCUAGGGACAAAGGCCAUCUUCCCGAUCUGGUGGGGGGGCAGCGAGGUGAUCCUCCCACAGCCCGAACGGCAGCAGCCAGCACUCCAGUCUAGUGAGCGAUGGCACAAGCAAAACUCACAGGGCAGCAACUUGCCUGGGGUCAGCAGACAGCUGGUAAUAGUGAGUCUCAAACCCCCGCCUGCAGAUGGCAGGACCCUGUCUCCUUCUGCAUCGCAAUUUAUCCACCCCUCCAUCUACCCAUCUACCCACACACCCAUUCAUCCAAACAUUCACCCAUCUAUCCAUCCAUCAAUCCAUCCAUCCACACAUCCAUCCAUCCAUCCAUCCAUCCAUCCAUCCAUCCAUCUACCCAUCCACCCAUCUACCUACCCACCCAUCUAUUCAUCCACCCAUCUAUCUGCCCAUCCAUCCAUCCAUCCAUCCAUCCAUCCAUCCAUCCAUCCAUCCAUUUAUCCACUGAUCCAUCUAUCUGCCCAUCCACCCAUCCAUCCACCCAUCUGCCCAUUCAUCAUCCAUCCACAUAUCCACCCACCUGCCCACCCAUUUGUUUACUCAUCCAGCCAUCUACCCACUCACCCACCCAUCCACCCACCCACGCAACCAUCUACCCAUCCAUCCACCCACCCACCCACCCAGCAAUUUAUCCACCCCUCCAUCUACCCAUCUACCCACAUAUCCAUUCAUCCAUCCAUUCACCCAUCUAUCCAUCCAUUAAUCCAUCCAUCCACACAUCCAUCCAUCCAUCCAUUGAUCCAUCCAUCUACCCAUCCACCCAUCUACCUACCCACCCAUCUAUUCAUCCACCCAUCUAUCUGCUCAUCUACCCACCCAUCCACCCAUAUAUCUGCUCAUCUACCCACCCAUCCACCCAUCUGCCUGAAUGACAGACUCCUUGUUCCCAUCUUCUAUAUCCUCUUGUUGCUGCUCUUCCAAGACCCCACGUCUGCCAAGCCCGUUCCUCCACCACCAUGA